CCUGUAGGAAUUCACAAUCACAACAUUGGGCAGUCGUCUUGAGACACAAACAGAUAGAGAGUGAUUUCAAACAAAUUUCAUUAUUCGCCAUUUUCAGUCAAAAUAAGGUUUGAAAAUGAAGAUUGCAAUUAUCGGACAGUCUCCCUUUGCUACGGAAGUUUACCGUAGUAUAUUACGGAAUGGCCAUCAGAUUGUCGGAAUAUUCACUGUCCUGGAUAAAAACGGAAAGCAGGAUAGCGUAGCGCUGGCUGGAGAUCUUGACGGUAUUCCAGUUUUUAAAUUCAAAUCCUGGCGAUCUAGGGGGGAAGCUAUUCCACAGGUGUUGGAGCAGUAUAAAAGUGUUGGAGCUGAGCUGAAUGUGAUGCCCUACUGCUCCCAAUUUAUUCCUCUAGAGGUUGUGAACUUCCCCGAGCAUAAGAGUAUUUGCUAUCAUCCUUCAAUCCUACCUCGACAUAGGGGGGCUAGUGCUAUAUCCUGGACUCUUAUAGAGGGAGAUACAACUGGAGGGUUUACUAUAUUCUACCCUGAUGAAGGUCUUGAUACUGGGAAUAUACUUCUAACCAGGGAGUGUGCUGUGACUGUGAAUGAUACAGUAGAUACCCUGUACAACAGAUUUAUGUACCCGGAAGGAAUCAAGGCAAUGGCAGAAGCAGUACAAAUGAUUGCAGAGGGUAGAGCACCAAACAUAAAGCAGUGUGAGGUCGGGGCUACCUAUGAUGCAUUUCUUAACAAAUCAGAGUUAUGUCAGGUGAAGUUUGACCAGCCCGCGAAGCAAAUCCACAAUUUUAUUCGUGGACUGGACUCCAGUCCUGGAGCCUGGGCUACACUGGACUCCAAGCAAACUAAACUCUUCAAUUCUAAACUCUGGCAUUUACAGGUUGAAGAUGGUGUAAAGGUGAACCUUGAUGGUGCAGCAGAUGCUAGGAUUACAAGGGAUGGUCUCAUGAUACAAGGAACGGAUAAAAAGUGGCUUCUUGUCAAAAUGCUUCAGAUAGAGGGUAAGUUCCGAAAAGCAGAGACCUAUGGUCAAGAGUCUGGAGAAGAGGAGGUGAUUCAACCGUCUGAUGAGGAGGCCGCCAUUUUGGAGAAAAUCCGCGGUGUUUGGUCGGCCAUCUUGAAAACAGAUGUUUUAGCUGACACAGAUUUCUUCGGAGCCGGAGCUGGUUCAAUGGAUGUUGUAAGACUUGUGGAAGAGGUUAAAGAGGUGUCAGGUGUUGGAGUUGUGAACGAAGAGGUGUUUAUGGCUACUAAGUUUUCGGAAUUUUGCAACCUCGUAGUUCUCAAGCUUAGAGGAGGAGGAGGGAAGAAAUUACAAGAGUACCCAACUAUGAAGAUGAGCAUAAACAAGAUGGAGAUCAGUUUCCCCACCCAGCUCUUUAUUGACGGGGAGUUCUGCAAUGCUACAAAUAACAAGAAGCUUAGAUCUAUUAAUCCUCAUGACGAGUCUCUUAUUUGUGAGGUUGAGUGUGCUUCAGCUGGAGAUGUUGAUCGUGCCUGUAAAGCAGCAUAUAGAGCCUUCAAGGACGGGGACUGGGGUAGAAUGAAUGCUCGGGACCGGGGGAGUCUCCUCAUGAAGUUGGCAGACCUCAUGGAGGAACACAAAGAGGAGCUCGCCACCAUAGAGAGUAUAGACUCCGGUGCUGUUUACACCUUGGCUCUGAAAACUCAUGUCGGUAUGUCCAUUGAUACCUGGAGAUAUUUUGCUGGAUGGUGCGACAAGAUUGAGGGCAGUACAAUUCCCAUCAAUAAUGCUCGGCCCAACAGAAACUUGUGUAUAACUAAGAAGGAACCAAUAGGAGUAUGUGGUCUUGUUACCCCCUGGAAUUAUCCUCUAAUGAUGCUCUCCUGGAAGAUGGCUGCUUGUUUAGCUGCUGGAAAUACUGUUGUUAUAAAACCUGCACAGGUAUCUCCUCUAACAGCUUUGAAGUUUGCUGAGCUGACCCUGUUGGCUGGUUUCCCUCCAGGGGUCAUUAAUGUACUACCUGGGAAUGGAUCAGUGACCGGCCAGGCAAUCGCUGAUCAUCCACUUGUCAGGAAGCUUGGAUUCACUGGCUCUACUGAGAUAGGACAUACCAUCAUGAAAUCCUGUGCUCAAUCCAACCUCAAGAAAUGCUCGUUAGAGCUGGGAGGAAAGUCUCCUCUGAUAAUAUUUGAAGACUGUGAUAUGGAGAAGGCUGUGAAGAACGCCCUGGGGAGCGUGUUCUUCAACAAGGGGGAGAACUGUAUUGCUGCAGGACGUAUCUUUGUAGAAGAGACAAUCUAUGAUGUUUUUAUACAAAGGGUUAUUGCUGAAACCAAGAAGAUGAAGAUUGGCAAUCCACUUGACAGGUCCACGCAGCAUGGUCCACAGAACCAUCUGGCCCAUCUCAAUAAACUUGUAGAAUACUGUCAGAUUGGCGUGAAGGAGGGUGCCCGACUAGUGCUAGGUGGGUCUAGGUGUGAGGGACCAGGGUUGUAUAUGCAACCAACAAUAUUCUGCGAUGUAGAGGACGACAUGUACUUGGCUAAAGAGGAGAGUUUUGGUCCUAUAAUGGUCAUAUCAAAAUUCGAUGCUGGAGACGUAGAAGGAGUUGUUAUCAGAGCGAACAAUACUGAGUAUGGAUUAGCUUCUGGAGUUUUUACUCGGGAUAUCAAUAAGGCGAUGUACGUGUCAGACAAUAUAGAAGCUGGAACCUGCUUUGUGAACAUAUAUAAUAAGACCGAUGUGGCGGCACCUUUUGGUGGUGUGAAGAGAUCUGGGUUUGGCAAAGAUCUGGGAAAAGAAGCUCUUAACGAAUAUCUCAAAACUAAAACCAUCACCUUCGAAUACUCAAUCUAAACUUAACUAGCUUCGAGUACUCAAUCUAAACUUAAUUAGCUUUGAGUACUCAAUCUAAACUAAUUAGCUUCGAGUACUCCAUCUAAACUUAAUUGCUUCGAAUACUCAAUCUUAACUUAAUUAGUUCCGCAUACUCAAUCUAAACUAAUUAGCUUUGAGUACUCAAUCUAAACUUAAUUGCUUCGAAUACUCAAUCUUAACUUAAUUAGCUCCGCAUACUCAAUCUAAACUAAUUUGCUUUGAGUACUCAAUCUAAACUUAAUUGCUUCGAAUACUCAAUCUAAAUUUGAUUAGCUUCCAAUACUCAAUCUUAUUAAACUGAUAAGCUUUGAGUACUCAAUCUAAACUAAUUAGCUUCGUAUACUCAGUCUAAACUAAAUUUGAUUCGAGUACUCAAUCUAAACUCAAUUGCUUAGAGUACGCAAUCUAAACUAAUUAGCUUUGAGUACUCAAUCUAAGCUAAAUUAGCUUAGAGUACUCAAUCUAAACUUAUUUAGCUUUGAGUACCCAAUCUAAGCUAAAUUAGCUCAGAGUACUCAAUCUAAGCUAAAUUAGCUUAGAGUACUUAAUCUAAACUUAAUUAGCUUUGAAAAUUCAAUCUAACCUAAAUUAGCUAUGAGUACUCAAUCUAAGCUUAAUUAGCUCAGAGUACUCAAUCUAAGCUAAAUUAGCUUAGAGUACUCAAUCUAAACUUAAUUAGCUUUGAGUACUCAAUCUAAGCUAAAU